AUGGCCAACCAUCACAACGCUCCAUCAAACGAACAAAUCAAGAAGAACUUGAAAAAAGACGCUGAAGACAUCAAAUUAAAGGCUCAAGAAGAUGCAGCUGAUGCAGCUGAAGAAGGAUCCAAAAAAGUUAAUGAAUUAAAAGCAGAAGGUUCAAAAACUGCUAAAAAUUUACAAAAAGAAGGUUCAAAAAAAGCUGAUGAAUUAAAAAAAUCAGGUGAAGAAUAUGGUGAAGAAUUAAGAAAAUCAGGUAAAGAAUUUGUAGAAGCUGUAAAUGAAAGAGGUGAAGUUAUUUAUGAAGCUAUAAAUGAAAAAAGUCAAGAAGCUUAUGAUGCUGCUAAAAAGGAAUUUAAUCACUUAGAAAAAGAAGGUAAAAACAUUUUCAGUCAAUUAAGUGCUUCAGUUCAACAAGGUGCUCAAAAUUUUGGUUCAUACUUACAAGAAACUGGUAAAUCAAUCUCAAAAACUUCUCAAGAUUUAUUUUCAAGAUUAUCAAUUGAAUUACAAAAUCCAGUUGUUCUUUCUCAAAUUUUUGUUGUAGCUGGUGGUUUAACUGCUGGUUAUUACGGAUAUUUAGAAAGACAUAGAAUUAGAUCAGAUAAUAAUGUUGUUGUUGGUUUACAUGCUUCCAUUAUUACUGGUUUAGUUUUACUUGAUGGUUAUUUUGUUAGUAAAUACUACCCACAAUACGAUAAAAAGAGAACUAUCUAA